AUGUCGUGUGUUAAUUACAUAAAUGUCUGUACCGAUUCAAGCACGUGCAUUUUCUGCCCAGACAAAUGGAAAGAUCCAUUGCGAAUAUCUGGCCUGGUUUUGUUAACGGUCGCACUAUUGUUCGUACUCAUCAUAAUUCUCAUCAAAAAAUUACACGUUCAAUCUACAGGGAGUACCAUCUUCAUUAUUAUAACCGUAUUUCUUAUGAUAGCUGCUAUUGGCUUAUGA